AUGUUGCGAUUCUCGACUUUGAUCACUUGGCUGGUUUGGGCGAUUGCCUUUGGGCAACUUGCGCAAGCAGCUCCUGCCUCGAAGCCGUCCUGCAGUUCUACUGAUGCUGUCCUUACUGCCAUCAAGAAUGAUUUUGGCUCGCCUCUCAACUUCUGCCAAUGGUGGUCUGGAGCUUCAUACAUCUCUUCCAGUCCUAUCAAUGGUGUCGCCUCUGCCGACAUCAGCAGGGUCUGCAAAUGCAUCGUCGCAACGCCAUCUCUGAUUGGCAAAACCUCGACCAAAGCAAUGGCUUCACCUACUGGCAUUAGCAAGGUGCCCAACUUGGAUGCUCUUCGCAAGUUGGUUGCCCAGCCUUUGCCCUUUUGCAAGUUUUGGUUCAAUGCACCUACCCGCAAAGGCAGUCCUUUCGCAGCCCUUCCUGCUCCCGUAGUGUCUCAAGUCUGCAAGGCUGUCACUGCUACACCUUCCCUGGUAACCACUUCGGCGAAGCCAACACAGCUUUCUUCUUCAACAAAGAAGAUACCGUCUGCUUUGCCCACAAAGCAGUCGACGACCUUGUCAAAGCCAACAACAUCGUCGAAGCCUGUAUCUAAGCUGUCGGUUUCAAGCAAGAUCGUGAGCAGCUCUGCCAAGCCGCUCCAAGCCUCGUCCAGCUCAGCCGCAUCCUCCAGCACUUCGACCAGUGUUGAGAGCGCUCUGCCUACGCCUUCCGCAGUGGGAUCUGUGUUUACAGCUUCUGAAGUUACCUUACCCCCAGCACCGACUGCCACUCUUGCAGCACUGAUUCCACCUGGCUUGGACUUGAACAAUGUCGAGAAUUUGACCCCUGACCCCCAAGCCAAUCUCUACUUCGGAGGUGCCCAAUCUGCUAACAAUGCCACUUCGACCGUCGCUAAGGUUGGUGUUGGUUUCCAGCACCCUUCAGUCGUCCUUGACCACACCAACUAUAUCAAGAGUGUGCAUUGUGACAAUUCGAGUAUCACCAUCGUUUUUAACGACGCGACUGCAUUCCAACACUCUGAGACUGAAUGGCAGACUGAUGGUCACGUUAUCCUGGUGACUUCAGAGGAUACUUGUGGUGCCAAUGGAACCAGCACCAUGUUCCUGACCGCAUCGUUCACUUUCGAUACCACAAACUUGAUCGCUGUCGGUCAAGGUCAACAAGCACAUUUGGCUGAUGUUUUUGAUACCCUUGAUCUUGAUUUCGGCACUGUCACCACUUCGAACACCACCUAUGUGCCAAACUGCGGCACUAUGAACGGCACUAACGGUACUUUCCCUUCCGCUGCUUGUGGCAAUUCUUUCGAUGCCACUCUUGAUCAAGAACUUGGAUACUACAGCGGAGCGGAUGCCGAUGCCGAUUCUGUGCUCGCCGCCAUUGCACCCUCUAACCAAGCUACCCUCAACAGAAGAUGGCCCAAGUUCAUUAGCAAGGCUGUCAGCAAGGUCACCUCAGUUGCCAAAGCGAUUGCCGCUCCGGUUGCUAAAGCAGCUGAGAAGGUCCUGCCUGCCUCCGUUACCAAGGCUGUCACGUCUCUUGCCAGCACCGUGAAGUCGGUCGCGUCAUCGGCCCUGUCUUUGAUACCUGCCGUGACCCUUUCCAAGUCUCUAGAUGUUCCUCUCAACCUUGGACCAGCCCAAAAUGACCCUUCUCCAUGGGGAAAUCAAUAUAAAUUUUUCGAAUACAGUCCCGAUUCUCAGAAAGAUGCUGCCAUGAUCGCUGCGACCCAGAAAUCUCUUAACGGCAUGUCAAGCUCACUGAACGGCGUCUCCAACCCCAAGCCUGGUAUUCAAAUGUACUGCGUCGAUUGCGGCAUCAAGGGCGACUUCCAAGCCGUUGGUACAGUUUCGGCCAGUCUGGCGCAAGGAGUCACCAGAUGCGAUGUCAGCCUUGAUGGUAACCUAUACGCAGGUGUCUUCGUCGGUGUCAAUGCCUUCGCCGCUUACGAAAAGACCAUCAACAAGGAUAUCAUCAACAAAGGUCUUCCCACCUUGAGUAUUCCAGGUAUCGCGGUCUUGGGUCCAAAAGUCACUGUCUCGAUGAACAGUGACCUCAAAGUCCAAGCUGCUGGUCAGAUGCUUGUUGGAGCUUCAAUGUCCUGGCCAGCCAUCCAUGCUAGCCUUAAUCUCCUGGACAAGACCAAAUCUACUCAGUCUGGCUUCACACCCGUGAUCACGAAAAAAUUCGAUGCUUGGGGUGAUGUGACGGCGUCUGCCUCUCUAGCGCUUCCCGUCACUCUCUUCUUCGGCGUCGACAUCUUGAACGGAAAAUACUCGAAGGGUAUCUCGCUUGUUGACACUCCUGCCGUCAGUGCGUCUGCCGAACUUGCUAUUGCUGCAAGCUAUGGGACUGGAGCAUCCAAUGGUAUCACGAGCUCCACUGGAUGCCUUGGUAUCAAGUACAACAUCGGAUUGUCGAAUGACCUCUCCGUUCAUCUGUUAGAUAUCUCGACGUACACUCUGACUUCUUACCAGAAGCCCAACUUGGCUAAUGGUUGUCUUGGUCGCGCCGUCGCAACUGUCCAGCGUACUACGUCCUCAUCCGCUGCCCCAACCUCCACUGAUGAUGCAAGCGGCUCGGCGGCCACUGGUGAUGCAGGAUCUGGGUCAUCUGAUGGAAGCGACAGUGGAAGCGGCUCUGCAGCAACGACAACAGACUCGGGCGACUCCUCUGCCCCUACCGAUGCCGGCAGUCAACCUUCUUCCAAUGCUGGUAGCCAGCCCACCUCUUCUGAUGCCGGAUCCUCUGACGCUGGAAGUGCACAGACUACGACCAACGCUGGAAGUGCGCAAACCACUGCCAAUGCAGGUAGCGCCCAAAGCGCCACCAGUGCAGCCACUGCACAACCAACGGUCUCAUCUACCACUAGCAGUGUCGCUGCUCCUACUCAAAGCGCGCUUAAGUGUGGAGAUUACUACACGACCAGCGAUGGUACUUACUGGCAGGUAGCAUGUGGAUUUGACUACCCCGGCCAUGAUAUCAUGCAUACCCCUUACUCUAACAUGUCAUCUUGUAUCGACGCAUGUUCGGAUUACGGCUCAAGCUGUGUCGGAGUUAUUUGGGUUCAGCGUGGUCAGGACGCUCAGAACUGUUGGUUGAAGAGCGCUAUUCCGAACAAAGGAAGUAUUCCUGCCGGUCUCACCCUCUUCGCCGCCACGCCUGUGACCUAUUCACCUCUGGCAUCUUGCCCUGGCGCUGACGUUUAUCAGAUCAAAUGCAAUCUCGACUACGAGGGCUACGAUCUAGGCGGUCUGUCCGGCUACAGUAGCUUGGAAGCUUGCAUCAAUUACUGCGACACGAAUCUCGACUGCAUUGGUACACCUCUCUGCUAUCCCAAGUACGACAUUACAACUUCGCCGCUUGACGCUACGAAGCCGGCCAAAAAGGCUCUUGGCUCAUGUCCUUCGAUCGACGGCAGCACCUUCUACGACGCCGCAGGAAAGUACUACAAGAUCAGCUGUGGUCUCGACUAUGAGGGCAACGAUAUCAUUGAGAAGGAUGGUAUCUCGACUCUUGAGCAAUGCAUCAAUGCUUGCGACGCUACAGCUGGAUGCACAGGUGUCGGCUUCGCCCACGAUGGCUACUACGGUAGCAACCCGGGAUGUUACCUCAAGAGUGCGCAAUCGAGCAACCCCAUCAACAGUACCACUGACCUCUCCUACAUCGUCGACUCUGCCUUCUUGGUAGUAGUGUCCAUCAAUGACAAGGUCGCCUCACCAUCUCCAACAUUGACAUCCUCCUCGUCGGCAUCCGCUUCAACUACACCAUCGUCCUCAACAUCGAUCAGCUCUUCCAUCUCAGCGACAUCCUCUGCCACUUCGAGCAAGUCAAGUUCUGUUUCCAGCUCGCUGACAAGGUCGUCCACUUCUUCCUCAGUCAGCUCGUCGGCCACAGCCACAUCCGACAACUCGACCAACAUCAUCAUUACCGAUACCACCGGUCAGCUCCAAUUGACCACUUCUGGCGACGGCAACAUGUACAUGUCUCAAAAUGCCUCCGCUGCAAACUUCGCUUCUGACGGAAGUGUCGUUCUCGGAGAUGCAGCUGGAAACUUCUUUGUCUACUACCCCGACAUGAUGGCCGCAUAUGGAGCUUCCCGUUUCCGUCUCGCCGCAUGGGGAUCAAUUCCUCACGGUGCCCAUCUUCUUACUCUGACUCCUUUGCAGAGCGGAUCCGUCACGGCAUUACUCGCUGUCGAUACUCUUGGUAACUUCUUCUUCCCCGUCUUGUGCACAUUCGAGGGCGCACAGCAGGCCAAGGUCUUCCUUGUCAAGGAUCCUACAGCUGACCUCAGCUUCAUUGCUGCGCAAGAGUUGAGAUUUACCAUGACUGGUGGUGUGGUCAGCCAAUGUAAUCCGUUGGCGUUGACGUCUAAGGGUCUCCAGGCACUUGCUUAG